GGAGAAUUCCUCCUCUCCAGUGGAGUCUAUGGAUUGUAUGGAUACUGUGGAAGAACAGAGAGUUCAUAGCCCUCCAGCAUCAUUAGUUCCCAGAAUCCAUGUAAUUCUGGCACAGAAACUUCAGCACAUAAAUCCAUUGUUGCCUGCUUGCCUUAAUGAAGAAGAAAGCAAGAGCUAUGCAAGAAGAGAUGUCCUUCCUCUAGGAAAAUUCACCCUGAAUUUAAGUGGCUGUCCAAGAAACAGUGUCUUCACAGAGCAUGUAUACCGUAUUAUUCAGCAGCUUGUUCCUGCAUCGUAUCGCCUAGAGAUGACUAUAGAGAAUAUGAACAGCUUAAAAUUUAACCCACACAAGGACUACACAGCUAACCGCUUAGUCAGUGGAAUAUUACAGUUGGCCAACAGUACCUCUCUUGUCAUAGAUGAAACCCUGCUAGAGCAAGGACAGCUUGACACAAAAGGUGUGCACAAUGUGAAAGCACUGGGCCACUUGAUAACUUGGCAGAAGGUGGAUUAUGACUUCAGUUACCAUCAGAUGGAAUUUCCAUGCAACAUUAAUGUCCUUAUCACUUCAGAGGGCAGAUCACUCCUACCGUCAGAUUGCCAAGUCCAUCUACAGCCAGAGCUCCUUCCCCCUAAUAUGGAGGAGCACAUGCACAGCCUUCUCACAGCUGUGCUGCCAUCAAUCCUCAACAAGUUCCGCAUCUAUCUAAGCUUGUUGAGACUGCUGGAUUAUAGCAUAUCGGAUGAAGUCACAAAGGCAGUAGAAGAUGAUUUUGUAGAAAUGCGUAAAAACGAUCCUGAGAGUAUAACAGCAGACGAUCUUCACAGAACUCUACUGGUAGCAAGGUUCCUUUCUCUCAGUGCUGGGCAGACAACACUAUCAAGAGAGAGGUGGCUAAGAGCAAAACAAUUGGAGGCACUACGUAAAGCCAGAUUACAGCCACAAAAAUCUGUAAAUGGAAAUGAACUUUAGGACAACAGUACCAUGUUUAUAAGACUGUAAACAUGCCUAACAUUUGUAGAGCUGAUAUGAACAGAGCAUAUGUUUAUACCGGGUUUUGUAGAUAAUUUAUAUCAAAGUUAUGGCUCUUUUCUCAAAUGAACCAGAUUUAUGGUGUUCAGCAGAUUAACACUGAUAAAUUUUGGUGCUUGUUUUGUAACCAAAUUAGCAACUAUGGAAAAUCUGUUUGAUAUUAAAGAGUUACUAUAAAAAUGAUGUCACACUUUUAUUAAGAAUCAGUAACAGAUAAACACUUUAUGGCAUUAAAACACACCAGAUUUUAAUGGGAUUGGUCUGAAAGGCAUAAUAAAAAGUAUAAUUUGUUGAAA